AGGACAGAUGCAUCACCUGCCUUAUUUCUCGCGAAAAUCGUGUCAUUAUCUUAUUACCAUAUUCUCUAGCUGUCUACGUUGACCAGUCUUCUCAGAAUAAUUGAUUGCGUGUCAGCUCAUUCUGUGCACCCCAUCACAGCACUUCUCCUCCACCGUGGGAUACCCCAGUCCCAGACAGCCGAGGCGGAAGGGACUGGAUCACGUCUUAUCCUUCCUCGCCGCGCCAUCUAAUCCGCGCCCGCUCUCUUCCCUUCUCUCCUCCCUCACCCGGCCAUGGAUUUCACUCGUAUUAUCAUCCUCCUCACCGUCUGGGUUGUUUUCCGCCUCAUCAAAAGCCGCUUUCCCGCCGACAAAACCCCCAUCAUGGCCCACGGAAAAGUCAUCGAGGUUGACAACCCGGUCAUCUACAAGGCCCUGACCUCGUCCGGACCCGUCGUCGUCGAUUUCUUCGCAACCUGGUGCGGACCCUGCAAGGCUGUUGCCCCCCAGAUUGGCAAGCUGAGCGAGACCUACACCAACGUUCGGUUUAUCCAGGUCGACGUCGACAAGGUGCGCUCCGUGGCGCAGGAGCUGCAGGUCCGCGCGAUGCCGACUUUUGUCCUGUACAAGGAUGGGAAAUUGCUGGAUAAGCGCGUCGUCGGUGGGAAUGUGCGGGAGUUGGAGGAGGCGAUCAAGAGUAUUGCUUAAAGAAGAUCCUGGGGCGUUGGGAUUGUCCUUAGUGAUGCAUGCAGUCCCACUGCAUAGAGUAUAUGCCUGUUGGCUUCAAUUUCCGGUCGGCAGGACGUCAAUAUAGGAUGUGACAUGUGUAUUGGCUCUUUGGCGAGCAUGGGUUUGAGCUUAAAUAGAAACGUAAGCUACGCUCAUAAGUACAACAAAU